AUGAGGCAGGACGUCGAGUGGAGUUGCAGCCAGACUGUUCUUUUCGCGCUCUCUUUCCUCCGUAGCAGCAUGAAAGCCCGCCUCACUCACUUCCCCGUCAACUACGAAGUUCACACUCAAAUCUACGCAGACACCUUCCGAACUGUUGCUAGCUUCAAGUGGAUAAUUUGCCUCUCCUGCCCCCCCGCCGUUGCAGCCCUCGAAUCCGCCAGUGAACAGGCUCUUCGUCCAUCAAACGACACCCCUCGUCCAUCAACUGACACCCCGCCUCCAUCAACAGACACCACGUCUACAUCAACCAACACUUCUCGCGGAAACGUCGUAAAGAUAGAGGUUGACUGUGACGAAGAGGACAUAGUCGAGGUAAAUCGACGCGGUAGCCCUUGGAUCCGCCCCAUCACAUGGGCCGUCGUCGGCAUGGUCCUCUGCGUGGAAGGCUUGAUCGCCAACAGCAUCUUCUUCAUGGCUGUCUACAGAACAGUGAAGAAGCCAAAAUUCAAGGCCGAGGUCGUUCUCGCAAUGGUCAUCAUACUGUCACUAGUCCUGGACUUCACACUCAUGUACCGUCUUAUCUCAAAGUAUAACUUUUUGAGACAUGACCCGCACCAAGAGAUUGUCCGCGAACGCGCACAACUGUCGAGAAUAGCCCCAUCUCUCCCACCCACUGGCGUUAAGAUCUACCUCAUUCUCCGCAAAGACCAUUGCCUGCGCAAUGCCACCAAAGCGCCCGACGACGGAGUUCCUCAAGAGAAGAAUAGGCGAGAGUUCGAGGGGUUUCACCAAACAUCGAGGAUCGUAACCGCUCUCCAAUGA